ACAAAGAUGGACAAGCUUGUUGUCGUGUAGCCCCCCCCACGAUUUCCAAGCUCCGAGUGCUACCUGAAAUCUAGAAGCUCCAUCCCAUCACAUCAUCAAUCACCACCAGAAGCACUGGGCACCACUCACUGCACUGAUUUAUAGGUUCCCCACCUUGAUUAUCUAAUCCGGUGUCGGACAUUCGAUCCAUCGCAACUCUACACGCGCGACUUGCAACCGCACCCCGAAUUGCAGAUCAUCUGUCUGGGUAACUCAGACCAUUGGCGACCCGAAGCAAACGAAACGGCAUAUCCUCCGAAGCCCUCACUCACGCCAUCCUUGCGCGCUGCUCCCGACUGACCGACCUCCGCUUUCUGGUUACGGGUUUCCCUUUCCCUUCAUCUGUUGGCGUUCUUUGCACCUUUCCCGUUUGUUGUCAAUUGUUCCCAAACCCACAAGACAAGGCUGCUAUCUCGCCUCGUCCCGCUGCCAGCCUAACCCGCCUUGAUCCGACGACCACCCCUCCGGUUCCCUGCACCCAACCGGCAAAAUGUCGGAACCACUGAGCGCGGCCGACGAGGAGCGGUACACAAACAUCAUCGAUGGCAUUCUCCAGACGGCCGACCUCCAGACGGUCACCAUGAAGAAGAUUAGGAACGGUCUGGAAACCGCACUUGAUUGCAAGGACCUAUCUGAGCACAAGCAAGCCAUCAAAGCUCUCAUAGGGGCAAGGUUUGACGCAGCAACUGCCAAUCUGAUGGAGAACCCCAACGAACCCACCCCGGCCGCUUCGGAAACACCAAAGCGGGACUACGAUGACAUGGUCAACGGCAAUGGCACCAUUAAGUCCGAAGAGGACGAGGACGAAGAAGCGGAUGAUGACGAGGACCAGAACGGAGACCAAAUAAACGUCUCGGUGCCGCCUCCAAAGAAGAAACAAAAGCGCGAGUCAUCCACCGAGUCGGCCGACGAGAAGUUUGCCCGGCAGCUGCAGGCGGAGGAGGAGCAGAUGGCUAGGGUGCGUACUACGCGCGGCGGCAGGGACAAGAAGGCAGCCCCGAAGAAGAAGGUUACCAAGAAGAAGAGCAAAGCCAAGGUCGCGGCCGACGACGACGAAGACCUGUCCGGUGACGGAACACAGAAGCGCAAGGCCGGCGGAGGAUUCCAAAAGCCUUUCCAUUUGAGCGCGUCGCUAGCCGAGGUGUGCGGAGAGCCUACUCUCUCUCGACCUCAGGUUGUCAAAAAGCUCUGGGAGCACAUCAAGGGAAACAAUCUUCAGGACCCGAACGACAAGCGACAGAUCCUUUGCGACGAAAAGAUGCAGGCCGUUUUCAAGCAGAGCAGCCUGAAUAUGUUUGCAAUGAACAAGCUCAUCGGCAGCCACCUUUAUCCUGUCGACGAGGAAUAGGACGCGACCGACUUGAUAUUCCCCUUCUAUACCCCACAUGCUGUAGAGUCAUUCCUCGGCUGUUGUUUACAUUUUCAUUUUCGUCCUUUUACACGUCGUUUGAUGGUCGGUGCAAAGGGUAGCCGCGAGGGAAAAGCAAACUGGUAUGGCGUUUCAUGGCUUCUUCCGUGAUUUUCUCUUACAUAUUAUGGUCUCGUCUGCUCUUAUUUUUUUAUCCUUUUGCUAUGUUUUCCUCGCUGUCCUGAUGCCUUUCGGUAUUUUCUUUUUAUUUUCCCCCCUCUUUCUUCGUGGAGUACCAUGUUGGUGCUUCACAUUACAAACGGUACAGACGUGCUUCAUCUCUACACUGAUGCAUUUUACUUGAUUUUGCAUUUCAAGUUUAGCACGGCGCAGCUCUUGACGAUAUUGAAUUUGGAUGGAUAAUAUUUGUCUGCUGUUUUCCAGCGCAAAGUUGGUCAGCAGGUUUGGAUCCAGGGCAUUAGAAGACUGGAACAUGGCUUGUAUUUCACAUUGAUUUGGUUUCUUAAUUUCCUUUCUUUUUUCUACUAUUGUUUUCAGGCGUCAUUAAGAUAUGUUGGUCUUGGAGGGAAGGUUAGGAUGCAUUUAGUCUGGUGCAGGUUUAAGGAAGCACACGGCCAUACGACGUGGUGGUGGUGGCCUGGUCAAUCGGCAUACAUGAGAUAGUGGAUAGUUGCUCGAUUGCAAAUGACAUACAUGAUGAGAUGGAAUGGAGUAUAGGUUCUGAUUAGUACGAAGUACUUCACCUCAGACAUAGCCCUAGCUAGAUACUCAUUCUAUGUACAUGACUUCUUUUCCUCCUUCC